GCAAAGGUCAAAUCAGUCAUGAAGAUUCCGCCACCGUAGCAGCCUGUCGCACUUGUUUAAUUUUUUAAGGGGAACUUUUAGAAGCGGGCGAGCUGCACCACAGCCGGAACUGGAAGAAGUCAUGGCACGUCUGGUAGCCGUUUGCAGGGAAGGGGAAGAGGACUACUCCUUUCUCGCCAGACAGAUCCCCCUUUAUAUCGAUGAUACUCUCACGAUGGUGAUGGAAUUUUCUGAUAGUGUCAUGGAUGUUGACAGCCAUGAAAUAAACACUUCUCAUUGGAAACAAUUUUCUGAGUAUCACUCCAAGUUGAAGCAACAGGACUUGAAUAUUGCCCUGAUGGUGACAUCCAGAGAGGUGUACAGUGCAUUAUCUCAGCUGGUGCCAUGUGUGGGCUGCAGACGAAGUGUGGAGCGCCUUUUCUCGCAUUUGGUGGAAUCAGGGAACCCAGCCGUGGAGCCCCUCACUGUGAAACCUACGGGCAUGCUCUCUGUCACUAAGGCUUGUUUAGCAGAUGUAAAGAAGCUUUACACCCUUUUCUACAUCCAUGGGUCAAAGUUGAAUGACAUGAUUGAUGCCAUUCCAAAAAGUAAAAAGAACAAGCGGUGCCAGCUACACUCCUUAGACACACACAAACCUAAGCCUUUGGGGGGAAGUUGGAUGGAUGUGUGGGAGCUGAUGUCUCAGGAGUGCAGGGAUGAAGUGGUCCUGGUGGACAGUGCCUGUCUCCUAGAGACACUGGAGACAUACUUGCGGAAACACAGGUUUUGCACUGACUGUAAGAAUAAAGUGCUGAGGGCAUACAACAUCCUGGUGGGGGAGUUGGACUGCAGUAAAGAGAAGGGGUACUGUGCUGCCUUGUAUGAAGGACUAUGCUGUUGCCCCCAUGAACGCCACAUCCAUGUGUGCUGUGAAACGGACUUCAUCGCUCACCUGCUUGGCCGGGCAGAGCCUGAGUUUGCAGGAGGCUAUGAGCGCAGAGAGAGACAUGCCAAGACCAUUGACAUUGCACAAGAGGAGGUCCUGACUUGUCUGGGUAUUCACCUCUACGAGCGGCUGCACAGGAUCUGGCAGAAACUGCGAGCAGAGGAGCAGACCUGGCAGAUAUUGUUCCAUUUGGGAAUUGAUGCACUACGCAAAAGUUUUGAGAUGGCAGUGGAGAAGAUGCAGGGCAUCAGUCGGCUAGAGCAGUUUGUCGAGGAGCUGUCUGAGGAGGAGAGGGCCAAAGAGCUGAAGCAGGAGAAAAAGAGGCAAAAGCGAAAAAAUCGACGCAAAAACAAGUGCGGCUUUGACAUAACUGAACAGGAAGCAGAGGACAAGGACAAAAAUCUGGACGAGGGUUCUCUUGAGUCUGUGGAGGGCAGUUGCAAGGCCUGUGGUAGCCACGAUGAGGAGGAGGAGGCCGGCUGUGAGGAGGGCAUCACUGCCAAUGGAAGUACUUCCUGUAGCUGCCCAGACAACACCAAACAAGAUUUAUCCACCCACAGCAAUGGCAGUGACUGCGGCUACUCUUCAAGCAUGGAGGGCAGUGAGACAGGAUCACGAGAAGGCUCUGACAUUGCCUGCUCUGAGGGGAUCUGCAACCAUGACGAAACAGGAGAUGACCCGAAUAUCCAUCACUGUGCUGAAGACAAGGAGGAUGGAAUAGACAGUUGUGUGGACUGCUGGCAACACUCUGAGGAAAACACUCAAUCCAAGAGUAAAAAAAAGAAAAGGAAGGGCAAGGGUUUAUGCAACGACCAGGGACAAAAAGGUGAUGGUUGUAUGUCAGCUGGGAACACAACAGGCCACAGUCCACCAUCAUCACACACAUGCCGAACCAAAGAAAUCUUCUCCUCCUUAUGUGGCGAUAGAUUUGCGAGCAUUGCACUAAGGUUGCCAUGGACAGUACAUCAGAAGAACCUCAGCCUUCACGCUAGGCCUCCAGAGGCAAACAUAAGUCUGGUGGAGCUUCUGGAUGAUUCAGAGGUGAGUUCAGAUGAGGAGAACUGUCUGACACAGGAUGAAAUCCAGGCAUUUCUAGAAAGAAACAAAUCCUUCUACAACAACCGCCACCAGUACCGACAGCUCCUGAAAGAGAAAUUCACCAACUACUGCCGCGCCACCGAGCAGAGUAAGCCAGUCUGUGGAAAGUGGUUUGUCACCACCAGUGUCAACUAACUGCACUAAUGACAUCUUCCCCCGGGAAAAACACUCAUGACCACUGCUGCAACAUGUUUAGAAAAGAUAAGAUUCUGACUUACACUUGGUGUCUUGUUCAGUCAUUUCUCCUUUGAAGUAAAUGUAAUUCUUACUUUCUGUUGGUCAUCAUCUCUCUCUCUCUCUCUCUCUCUCUCUCUCUCUCUCUCUCUCUCUCUCUCUCUCUCUCUGUCUUUUGCACUUCUACACCAACACACUUUUCCAUUUCAUUUCUUGGCCAUUUUCGCACCUGUAAUUGUUCUUUGACCAAGCCUAGCUAUUUGUUAUUGGUCUUCUGUAGGGUUGUUGGUUAAGAGCACAGUGGAAUCAGUAAUCAAGCUUUGCAAGCUGUGACAUUAGGGAUAAAUUUUAGGAGUCUUAUUUUAUGUUUUUUUUUUUUGUUGGUGUUUUUCUGUUUCUAUUUCAUUUCAACUUUGGUGACACUUCAGUGUAGUGGUGAAAGGUUGUACCAUUAAAUGUGUACAGAAAUUCUAAAUAUAAAGAUUUUACAGAGAAUAAACAUCCAUUUGUAAUAAGGAUUUGGGUGUGAUGUUAAGAGCGCAAUGUGCAAAAUUUACUAAAUAAAGAAUAUUUAUUAGUAUGCAUUACA